AUGCGAGAAUCAGAUGAAACCGCCAGCGGCAGCCAGACAAUGAUGACCUCAUUCCUAAGGAAGGAAAAUUGCAACCCAGCUAGGGCAACCAAAAUCUCAGAACUCAUAGCUGCAGCAAUUGCUCAGGCAAGCUUGCCGAUCAGCCUGGUAGAGGAAGAUGGGUUCAGAAAGCUAUUGGCGUAUCUGGAACCUGGAUACAAGGUACCCUGCCGAAAAACAAUGACAGCUCAGUUGCAUCUGAUGUACGAGCAGAAAAAAGACUCUCUAAAUAAGGAGUUGCAAGAUGCCUACAGCGUCGCCCUAACAACAGACUGCUGGACAUCAAUGAGUCAAGAGGGCUACAUGACUGUGACAUGCCACUUUAUCCGGGACUGGAAACACCAUGCGUUUGUAUUGGACACGGCCCCUGUUGCCUCUUUUCAUCACAGCGAUGAAGAAGAUCAAGAAGAAGAAACACAAGGCCCGCAGCGUCAUACAGCUCAAGCCCUUUCCAACCAGCUCGAAGAAGUCGUCAAUCAGUGGGGACUAAGCGGCAAGAUCAGCGCUGUAGUUCACGACAAUGCGUCCAACACGAAGGACAUUGGAACUCUAUCCAAUAUGGAGGUUACCGAUGUUGGAUGUGCCGCUCACACCUUGCAGUUAAGCGUGAACAAAGGCCUGGAUUGCAACAGCCGCAUCAAAACUGUCGUCGGUGGUGCAAAGCGUCUUGUCGGCCACUUUAAACACAGCAAUGUGGCCACAAAAGCCCUUGAAUCCAAACAGCGGCAAAUGGACACUCCAAAGCAUCGCCUAAUAUCUUCGUGCAAGACGCGCUGGAAUUCCGUUUUUGAGAUGCUGCAACGACUCCUAGAGAAUCGCUGGCCAGUCUGCUCCGUCCUCAGCGACAGACAAUACACAAAACUAUCUGAUGCGCAGACGUUGGAUCUGAAGUCAGAGCAGUGGAACCUCAUGGGCGAGUUAGUUACGUGCCUCAAACCUCUUCAGGUAUGGGUGAUCUUGUAUUCCACACAGGUUGCAACAACAGUGCUGUCAGCGGAGAAGAAUGUUAGCGCCUCUAUCGUCCAUCCAAUUAUUAGAGGUUUGGUGAGGAACCACAUGGAGCCCCUAGAAGCCGACUCUGCACCCAUUAAUGAGUUAAAAAAAGUAGUGGCCAGGGAUCUCGAGCGAAGAUUCUGCUCUGAGGGUGAGGAGGCCCUGACCGGGCCUCCUAUGUUGGCAUCGGUAUUAGAUCCACGGUACAAGCAUCUUUCCUUCGUGGACGAAGACUACCGAGAUCUUCCCUUCUGUGCUGUCAAGGAAGAAAUGGCAGUAAUUAUUUCGGCCACACAGGGGCAGGAAGAACCACCAGCAAAGAAGACCAAAGAAGCAUCUGGCAUGGACUUUUUACUUGGAACCAGCGGAGGCAGUGAAAAAUCCAAUGUCGAUGUGGCUGCAGUUGCUCAGUCAGAGUUUGAUAUGUACAUGCGUAGUCCCCCACUGGACAAUGCGACAGACCCCAUGAACUGGUGGCGAGAUAACAGUAAGCUUUUCCCCACUCUGUCAAGGCUAGCACAGAAGUUCCUCGCCAUCCCUGCAACCUCAGUACCCUCGGAGAGAGUGUUCUCAGCUGCUGGGAACAUUGUCAAUAGCAAGAGAAGUCUCCUACUUCCAGAAAACGUCAAUAUGUUGGUGUUCCUUAACAAGAUGAAGGAUCAACUGUAG